UAAUGAGAUUUUGGCAUUUUGCACUUUAACUAAUCUAUAAAUACAAAGCCACACGCAAAUGGAAAUUGCGGCAGAGCGAGAAUUAGAAUGAGAGUGAGAGCUGCAGAAGCUUAAAGAAAUUCAUUGAAUCAUUUCGGAUUAUUACUGAUUUUCUGACAUGGGCUUGGAGGAAAGGCCUAUUCAGCUACCCAAUGAAAAAGACAAAACUCACCCAACAGGAACUAUAUGUGUGCAUGCCUUUUCUGAUCUAACCUACAUUUCUCCAGUGGUAUUCUUAUAUCUCCUGAAAGAAUGUUAUAUUCAUGGCACAUGUAAGGCAACUAUGAAGUUUCGAGCUCUUCAACAAGAAGUUUAUCAAGUGCUACAUAAUGAUCCCCAACCUGGCCCAGCCACGUUUGUUAUUCAGUGUCUAUAUGUCUUGCCCAUAUUUGGAUUAUAUUGUGAAGGCUUCAGUCAUUUAAUUGUAUCUGCUCUACGCCGUUUCCUAAAAUUGGGAACCGAUCCAGCAGACUCCUUGGAAGCAAAGGACCUAGCUACUCAGUUAUUUCUUGAUAUUGCACGGGGUUUUGUGAACCAUGAUGAGAGGAUUGUUGUGAAGAUACUUGAAGUUUUUGAUAUCAAAUUGAAUAAUAUUGAGAAAGCCAUGUACCAAGUAAAGGAAAGGAAUGAGUGUGGUUGUGAUGCAGCCAAGUCAUUUCUUGAGCAAUACAUUUUUGAACUGAUAGAGUCUCAGUCAUACAUGGUAGCAGUCUCUCUGUUAGAGCAAUUUUCCAUUCGCCAAUCCAGACAGUCUUUUCUCCUCAGUAUGAUACAGAACAAACAAUUUCAAGCAGCAGGCAAGUGGGCAACAUUUAUGGGAAAGCAAAUGUUAUGUGUACUUGUUCAGGAAUACAUUGACAGGAACAUGUUAAAGCAUGCAAAUGAUAUCAUAAAGAAAAACAAUCUGCGGCAGGAAUUUCCCGAUGUAUAUCAUAAGAGCAAAGAAAGCUCACUAAAGAAGCUGGCAGAAAAAGGAUGUUGGGAAGUUGCAGAGGCAAAGACAAACAGUGAUAGACAACUUCUUGAAUACUUGGUUAAUUUGGCCGUGGAAGCUGGUUACUCUGAGAAGGUUGAUGAGCUGUGUGAUCGAUACUCCCUUGAAGGUUUUCUGCAUAUCAAAGUGCCCGACACAAGUUAUCUGCAUAGUCGCUAUCUUCAUCUUAACAAAUUGGUGGUCGAAGACAUAAAUUGGGUUGAUGAAGUUGAUGGUUUGCGAAAUGCGACAUGCCAUUUUGAGGGAUGUAAAGUUGUGGGUGUUGAUUGUGAAUGGAAGCCCAAUUAUGAAAAAGGCAGCAAACCAAAUAAGGUUUCGAUCAUGCAGAUUGCUUCCGAAAAGACGGUUUUCAUCUUUGAUCUGAUAAAGUUAUUCGAAGAUGUGCCUCACAUUUUAGAUAACUGUAUGACCCGCAUAUUGCAGUCUCCAAGAAUUCUAAAACUCGGCUAUAACUUUCAAUGCGAUAUGAAGCAGCUGGCUCAUUCGUAUGGAGAGUUGGAGUGUUUCAGGCAGUAUGAAAUGUUACUGGACAUUCAGAAUGUGUUUAAAGAACGUCAAGGUGGUUUGUCUGGGCUUGCAAAGAAAAUAUUGGGGGCUGGCUUGAACAAGACAAGACGGAAUAGCAACUGGGAACAGCGACCUUUGACUCAGAAUCAGCUAGAAUAUGCUGCUCUGGAUGCUGCUGUACUUGUUCGCAUCUUCCUCCAUGUUUGCAGUCAUUCUCAGCCUGCUACUGUCACUGGGGGGCAUGAUAAAAUUGAUUGGAAAUCCCACAUUGUUUCCCAUAUGGAUAAUAACAUCAAGAAAUCCAAGAAGGAAAUUAGAAGUAAAAAGCAGUUGAAAGCAGCUCUGAUUAAAGAGCAUUGUCAAUCGAGUUAGUGCAGAAUUUCAUUCCCAUAGCAUUACACUAUAAAUUUGUAAAUACUUUUAUGUGGUUGAAGAAGACACUGCUGGUUAAAGCUGUUUCUUUACAUAUUCUGCAUGUUUAUAAUGAGUGAAACAUUGUUUUUUA